AUGCUUUUCAAACUCGACACCGCUCUUUUGUUCGCAGCCACUGCGUCUGCCCUGCAAAUCACCUCUCCUACCAAGGGCACCAAGCUGGACCUGUCCAAGUCCAACGAUCUUACCUGGAAUUCCGUCGAAUCUGACCCUACUUCAUUUGACAUUGAGCUCGUCAACGAACACGUCAACCCGCCUGUAGCUAAAACCAUUGCAACCAAUGUGCAAACCAGCGCUGGCUCGUAUACAUUCAACAGCAUGAAAGCUGCCGUGGGGUAUUAUUUCCUCCUCAAAACAUUUUGGUUACGGGUAAACAGUAUACUAACUCACAACCAAAAUAGAGAGGGCUACCAAAUCAACAUCAUCUCCAACGAGCAGCAAAACACCGGCAUCCUCGCGCAAUCCCCCAAUUUCGAGGUCUCAGACGCACCGGGUACUAGUUCCACUGUCUCUGCGACUUUUACGACUACUACUGGCACCAGCACCAGCAGCAGUAGUACUUCUACCGGAACUUCCAGCUCGACCACGACAGGAUCAACCAGCUCAUCAUCAAAAACUGCCUCGAGCACGGCCACCACCAAAACGGCGUCGGCGAGCAGCUCUGGCGUGUCUUCUUCUAGCACUUCGCAGCCUGAUACCGGCGCUGCGAACGCGUUGGGUGUGUCGGCCGCUAUGGGUGGGAUUUUGGGUGGUGGUGUUCUUGCGUUGUUGAUCUGA